GAAAAAACAGGAAAAAGUAAAGUGUUUUGAAAGGAAGAAAGAGCUGGAGAGUCGAAAAGAAGCAGAAGAUGCCAGGAGAGAUUAUUACUUUGCAAGCAGGUCAAUGUGGAAACCAAAUUGGACAGCAGUUUUGGCAACAGAUAUGUGCUGAGCAUGGAAUAUCUUUGGAUGGAGAAUUUGAUGCAUCUCUUUAUUCUGCUAAUAAUAAUAAUAGUAGCAAUAGCCCUUUUUAUAAUGAAAAUAAUAUAUUGAUUGACGAUAGAAAAAACAUUUUUUUUUAUGAGUCCGAUAACAAUAGAUAUACGCCAAGAUCAAUAUUAAUUGAUCUUGAACCUAGAGUUUUAUCAACUAUUCAAAAUAAAUUGCCAAACCUAUUCAAUCCGAAAAAUUAUUAUAGUGCGAAAAAUGGAAGCGGAGCAGGAAAUAACUGGUUAUCAGGAUUCAAUUAUUCGUAUCAACAUAAUGAAGAAUUGCUUGAUGUGAUUAAUAAGGAGAUAGACUCUUGUGAUAAUUUUGAAGGAUUUAAAUUAAUUCAUUCAGUUGCAGGGGGGACAGGAUCUGGGUUGGGAUCAUAUUGUUUGGAGUCUUUAAAUGAUAAUUUUCCCAAAAAAUUGAUUAACACUUAUUCUAUUUUUCCAUCAAACUCGGGGAAUAAUAGUAGCGAUGUUGUUGUUCAACCAUAUAAUACAUUGUUGACAUUGAAAAGAUUAAUUGAAUUUUCGGAUAGUACGAUUUUAAUGGAUAAUGAAUCAUUGACCAAGAUAUCUAUUGAGAUAUUUAAUGAAAACGAGUUUUUAAAACAAUCGAUAUCGUUCAAUGAGAUUAAUCAAUUGAUUUCAACAAUAAUAUCUAAUUUGACUAAUUCGAUACGAUUUCCAAAUUAUAUGUAUAAUUCGCUAACGAGUAUUUAUUCGAACUUGAUACCAUUGCCAAACUUACAUUUUUUGAUACCAAGCUAUUAUCCGUUUACUAUUGAUUAUGUGGAUAACGUUAAGAAAAUCCGGAAAAACUCAAUUUAUGAGAUAUUGCUAGAGUUGUUGAAUAAAGAUAAUAAAUUGCUUCAAAUUUCCAACAGUAACGGUGGGAAUUACUUGUCGAUGCUAAGUUUUCUUAAUUGUAGUUCAAAACAAAAUGAUAUCCAAAGAGCAAUAUUGAAAAUUCAAGAGAGAGUGAGCUUUGUGCCAUGGGCCACCUCAAACAUUAAUUUACUAUACACAAAGAAGUCGCCAUAUUUGAAAUAUAACAGAAACUCCAAGAGAAAUAUUAACAAUAGUGAUAAUAACAGCGGCAGUAAUAAUGGGCGCAAUAAACCAUUAAAUAUGAAUUCAAAUAAUGAUGUGUCUGGGCUAAUGCUUUCAAAUGAAACUAAUAUAGUGGUGCUAUUUAAGAAGAUUUUGAAAAAUUUCGAUAAACUUAUAAAAAGAAACGCAUUUUUAGAAAACUACAAGAAGGGUGCAGGAAGCUUGUUCUCCGAGGGUUCUAGUGGAAACAAUGAGUUGAUCCAGGAAUUCAACGACAGCAAAGAAAGUGUUCAAAAUCUCAUUGAUGCCUAUACAGCCUGUGACUCCACAAGCUAUCUCGCUGAUUUGGACUCUGAUGACGAAAGAAAUGGCGCUGUGGUGGAGGAAUUUGAGCACGAAAACAACAACCCCGGUGGCAGCACUCAGAUGGAGGUGGAUGGUGAGAUCGAAACACCAGGACUCUAA